CCGCACCUUGCACCUUGAUCAUGAUAAAGUUGUUAAGAAUGGCGACUUCGCGAACACUGGGAAACCUAUCGCCGGAUUGCUCGGCAUUUUUCUUGUGCGAUAUGCAAGAAAAAUUCAAGCCUCAUAUUAAAUAUUUCGACGAUAUUUUAGAAGUGACAAAGAGAAUGGUCUCCGCAAGUAGAAUUCUUAACAUUCCACUGGUGAUAACAGAGCAGUAUCCAAAAGGUUUAGGGAAUACAGUAGAAGAUAUUGAUACUAGCUUUGCUGUAGGAGUUUACCCAAAAACUAAGUUCUCCAUGCUGAUACCUGAGGUGAAGAAGAAAAUAGAGGAGAUGAAUAAUUUGAAGUCUGUGGUCUUAUUUGGAAUUGAGACUCACGUAUGCAUCCAGCAAACUGCUCUUGAUUUGUUGGCUGUUGGAAUUGAUGUGCAUGUGGUAGCAGAUGCUUGCUCAUCGCGGAGUAUGAUGGAUAGACAAUUUGCAUUUGAGAGGUUGAGACAAACUGGUGCUAUAGUGACAACAAGUGAAUCAGUACUGCUACAGCUUGUAGGGGAUAAAGACCAUCCACAAUUCAAACAAGUACAAGGACUGAUCAAAAUAAGUGCUCCAACUUCAGGGCUAUGAAAUAUAUAUUGAGACAACAUCUGUACACAAUGAUUAUUGUAUUAGGUGCGUUUAUAAUGCGUAAUUCAACCAAUCACAGGCACUUGUGCUAAGAAAUCUGAUCAUAUGAUGGGAUACAGUAACCUUGUUCUUUCGCAGCUGAAGCAUCGCACUGUUGCUCGUUCGAACCUCCUCCAGAUCGUGAAGAACAAGGUCAAAACAUCUAGUUUACACAUAUAAUUUAAAUAUUAUACAAUACCAGCAAAUUUAAGGUAAUAGAAUAUGAAUACAGUAUCUAAAUUAAAGAAGUACUGUUUCAGUUUUGUGAUAAAUUUGAAGGCAAUAAUAAUUUAUUUAUCGUACAAUCGCUGUUUCACUCCAUUGUUUUUGUUUACAACAUAACAGGGGCACCAGCGGGGAUUUCCCCUCCCCCGGUCGGCGAGAGCUGUCACCCCUCCCCCGUCUGGGAGAAAAAACAAUUCGCCGGGGAGAAAAUAAAAAUCAUAUGCAUUUUCUACAUAGUAGACUCUAAAAUCGAUUAAAUAAGCCCUUUGAAACCCCUAAAUUGUCAAAAUUUUCGGAGGCUUUAAUGGCUUUCACUUUAAUUCUUUUAUAUCUUUUUAAUUUGAAUUCUGGCCCUUUUAAAUGUUGCCUUUAUUCUUCCCAAUUUUGAUGUAAUUUAAAUUGACUUUUCUGCAAUGCUAAACAUUUUUUUUUUUUUUACUAGAAUUUGUAUAUUAAAUUUUAAUAAUAAUAAUAAUA